ACCUUUUUCAAAAUUAAAAAAAUAAAUUUAUAUCUACUAUUUAAUAUUUCUUUUAGUAGACUUUUUAAUACACAAUAUCUUAACUAGUUUUGCAAUGUACACCUAACCCUCAAAAUUCCAUAUUAACGCAACACGGCAGUAGCAUCUUCUGCACUUUCGCGGUAUUUCAAAGCCUGGCUUUCCACGAUUCGUUGCCUUGUUCCAUCGCGUCUUGCACUCUUGCUCGUUAAGAAAACCUUAAUUCUUCUUCAAGUUCAUAUUUUCUUGAACGAUUCAUAUUAAAAGAAGUUUUAUAAACCUUAGGUGGACGAAAAAGUCUGUUAACUCUGUUUUUAGUUGAAGAAUUUUUCUACAAUCGGUUGCGGAUUUUGAGGCUGCAAUAUGGGUAUCCAUGUGGGGUCAAGUUCAGGUUUAUCAACAUCGGAUCCAGAGGAUGAGUAUGUACGCAGCAUAGCCUUAUUUGCAACCCUUUUAUGUGCUUGUAUAGUGAUUGGUCAUCUUCUUGAAAAAACCCGGUGGAUCAAUCAGUCAGUCACAGCCCUUUUGAUUGGUCUAGCCACAGGAUGCAUUAUUUUGCUAACUUCUGGUGGUAAAAACUCUCGCAUAUUGGAAUUUCAGGAAGAGUUUUUCUUUAUGUAUCUCCUUCCACCAAUAAUCUUCAAUGCUGGGUUUCAGGUGAAAAAGAAACAGUUUUUCCGCAAUUUCAUGACCAUUACAUUAUUUGGAGCUAUUGGUACUUUGAUAUCGUUUGCCAUUAUAUCAUACGGUGCAAAAGUCUUGUUCCCUAAACUGGACAUUGGUUACCUCGAGAUCAAGGAUUAUCUUGCACUUGGAGCCAUAUUUUCUGCAACAGAUUCUGUGUGCGCCUUACAGGUGCUUAAUCAAGAAGAAACACCACUAUUGUACAGUCUAGUGUUUGGGGAGGGUGUGGUGAAUGAUGCCACAUCUGUGGUACUUUUCAAUGCCAUCACCAGUUUUGACCUAAACAACUUUAAUGCUACUGAAGCCCUUACAUUUGCUUACAGUUUCUUGACAUUGUUUGUAUUAAGCACGUUGUUGGGAAUUUUUGUUGGGCUGCUAUGUUCAUUCAUCAUCAGAACAUUAUACUUUGGAAGGCAUUCAACUGAUCGUGAAAUAGCUCUCAUGAUGCUCAUGGCUUACCUCUCAUACAUUACAGCUGAAAUGUUUGAAUUAAGCGGAAUCCUUACAGUAUUCUUUUGUGGGAUUGUAAUGUCACACUACGCAUGGCAUAACAUCACUUUGAGUUCACAAGUAACCACAAAGCAUACUUUUGCCACAAUGUCAUAUAUAUCUGAAGUGUUUAUCUUCCUGUAUGUUGGAAUGGACUUGUUAGAUAUUGAAAAAUGGAGGUUCAUAGAGGAUAGCCCUGGAAAAUCAUUUAGUGCAAGUGGUAUACUGGUUGGGUUGAUUAUGGUUGGAAGGGCAGCUUUUGUGUUCCCUCUGUCGUUAUUCUCCAACUUUAUUCGAAAAAAUAGGAACGAAAAGAUCAAGAUUAAACAGCAAGUUACCGUUUGGUGGGCUGGUCUCAUGCGGGGUGCUGUAUCCGUAGCACUUGCUUAUAAAAAGUUUACUGGAUCUGGGCAAACUAUUCAGCCUGCAAAUGCGCUGUUGAUCACCAGCACCAUUACUGUUGUUCUUUUCAGUACAGUGGUAUUUGGAUUGAUGACAAAGCCGAUUAUAAGAUGGUUGUUACCAGAUGAAACAGACCCAUCUACUCCAAACUCAUCAAGUGGUAUGCCGCUUCUACAAAAUGGGCAUGGGCAUGAAGAAGGCGGAAAUGAAAAUAGGCCGAGUCGAAAGAGGCUACCAGAUACUCCUCCAAACAUGGUUCAUCAGUAUUGGAGAAAGUUUGAUGAUGCGUUUAUGCGCCCUGUUUUUGGGGGUAGAGGCUUUGUGUCCCAAGCCACCGGGACCCGUGACAUGGGUGUCAUCCAUUGAUGCAGGCUACCAGUCUACCACUAUGGACUCUGGACUAUGUUGAUGUACAUAAUUGGCUUGGUUCUUAUAGUUUUGGUACACAUAUAUUUACGUCUUUUCGGUUGUAUUAUAAUUAUAUACUUUUAAGGGGUUAAAAAGCAUUAUAGAGUAAAAAAACAAGGGUAGGUAGAUGUAUUGUGUUGGGGUUCUUUAUCGAUCGUCUAACUGCUAACAUGCUAACAACCUAACAUAAGAGAUGUAAAUCGGAAUGUCAGCUAGAACAUGGAAGGUUUCAACUUCUUAUACAUCAAAAAGUGUCAAACGGAGGCUUCGUGAAAAA